AUGACAAAUUUUCAUAAGGAAAUUCUUCAAACACGAUCUUAUGUUUAUGACAUCAAAUUUUGGUGUGAUAAAAAAAAGAUAGAUUUAAACUUUAAUUCUCCUAAUAAUCUUCAUGUCAAAGGCAAAUGCCACAACAUCAUAGCUCUUGUUGAAACAAUUGCUAUGAAGCAAUUUGGAUAA